AUGAAGCUCCUUUGCCCAUUAAUUCCUAAAUUCAAGUCUCAUCUAGCCCUUCUCUGGGGAAAAAUCACACGGUGGGUGCAAAUAGACGGACUGUUAAUGCUAGCAAGUCUUGGUAGUGCUAUCAUAUUGCUCGUGAACAUAGUCGGAACGGUGGUUCUCAAUACGAGAGCUCGAAAUUCAAACAUCUUCCAUGGAAAUUGCAGUAAAGCUAGUUAUAUUGAUUCUGGACUUCAUGCCAUCAUCAACGUGUUAUCUACAUUGCUCUUAGCAGCUUCUAAUGUCUGCAUGCAAUAUCUCGUGUCUCCCACAAGAAAACAAGUCGACGAAGCACAUGAGCGCGGCCAAUACCUAGACGUCGGUACUCAAAGCCUGCGCAACCUUUGGUUGGUUUGUUGGAGGCGCAGAGCUCUAUGGAUUGCCCUGGCGAUUUCUUCUACACCAUUGCAGUUUUUGUGGAACUCGUCCUUAGCACAAACCUUUCCACUGAGUUCCCCUGCAGUUCUGGUAGUAACGCCUGACUUUCUCAACGGAGGAACCGUCGAUCCAAAGGAAACCGUUCAAACCAUUGAUCAAAGGUACAUACAAGCCCAGGUAGACUAUCUGGUUGGCGAAUACCCAAUUCGUUUAGAUCCAGUGCAAUGCUUGAGCCGAUAUGUAACGACGACCUCGAACCGGUCCGAUGUGCUUAUGGUGUCAUCGUACGAUAUCGUCACCGGCUCAGAUACGCGGAGAUUCUCGAACAACAGCUUAUUGUUUGCCUACAAUCCGUACGGCUUUGACGGUCCUGGAAACUAUUGGGAGUGUGGCAUCUCGAACUCAUUCGAUUGUCGCAAACCCAAGGAAUGGAAAGCUAAUCCGUCAAUCGCGAAAGACUGGAACAUUUUUGGGUACCGCAUUGACUACUGUUUAACCAAGGAGAUCGAUCUAAACAAUCUUUGCAGCAUUCAGUUCCUGCUCCCGAUAAUGAUAGUUGUCUGCGUCACUAAUGCGGCCAAGUGCAUGUGCAUUCUAAAUGUUACUCUAAUGUACUUUCGACAGGGAGAGAAGCCUCUGGUCACAAUAGGCGAUGCUAUAUGUUCAUUUCUGCAAGAUCCUGACCUGACGACAGCUCAAAUGUGUUUGGUUACAAAGAGAGAGCUUAGCGAACUCCAAACUCGUCAUCGCUCUUGCGAUCUUUACGCUAUAGUAAGGGGGCCUCAGUCAAGCACAUGGGUGCGGCCACGUGUUUCCGAAUAUCACUUCUCGAGAAACAGAUGGUGCCAAACGGCAUCUCGCUGCACUUGGAUUUUCGCAUUACUUAGCUUUGCGGUACUCACCAUACUCAUGUCAACUCUGUUGUUCGUCUGUUUACAGAGAGUCCAAUACAAUAGCGGAGCCAUGAACUCAUUUCUGGAUUAUGGUUUUGGGUCGAUUCGAGCGCAAAUGCAAAUGAGAUUGGGCGACCUUUGGAAGGCGUCUUAUGCGCGAGCCACGGCUUGCUACAUUCUCUUCUCUAACGUGCCACAAUUCAUAGCAUCGAUCAUAGACUUUCAAUCCAAUGCUCUGUUAACGCAGAUGCAUGUCAACCAAGAGUGGCAAGGCUACGGCCGGAAAAGGAAGGCUUUGAGAACUUCAGCACCAGAGGGUAUGCAGCGCGGUACUUAUUUUCUUUCACUUCCAUGGAGAUAUGCAGUGCCGCAGAAGACGUUCCUCGCGGUUCUCCAUUGGACACUAUCUCGAAGUCUUUUCCUGGUUCCCAUUGAGACCUACCACAGUGACGGCACCUUUCAAUUGAGGUAUGGAACUCAAGGAUUCAGCGUAUGGCCGAUGUUAAGUUCACUUAUUUUGUGCUUCCUUAUGUUGGCCAGUCUUAUCCUUCUUGGUUUUCGUCGCUACGAUGGAGGCCUGCCAUUGAAUGCUACAUGUAGUGCCGUAAUCAGUGCUGCAUGUCAUCAGCCAAAGGGAGAAAGAGAUGCACAUCUGUCUCCGGUUCUGUGGGGGGCUCUGUCCGAUAACGAAAUCGUUCUCGACUCUGAGGUCGCUGAGCUUUUCCCAGGCAUUCGGGACUAUUGCGGUGAAGUAGGCAGGACCGAAGUUGAGCGGCAAAGCGUUUCAGUAAAUUCUGAGACGCAAUCCAUAUCCGCCAGCGAGAUGAAUGGGGAAGAUAUCGAGCUGGAUACGGCUGACCCGCAGAGCAGUAAUGAAACUAAGAGAAAACUAACUAUAAGACAUUGUUGCUUUAGCAGCGCCCAAAAUGUCGGACGUCCAGUUGACGGGAUGCUUUGCAUGUGA